CGCUCGCGAUUGUUGCGGUCUUGCUAGUCAAACUCGCCCAUGUCUCGGUUUAGAAACUGGCGAGGAGUUAAACUGAUCGCAAGAGAGCUGCCAAGCUUCAGGUGAUAGGCUGACCACCCACUCGCUGGCCAUGAAAAGUACACUGAACUAUCUGUGGGAAACAGAGGAUGUGCUGGGUCAAGGUGCCACUGCCAGUGUCUACAAAGCCCGCAACAAGAAAUCAGGAGAACUAGUUGCUGUGAAAGUCUUCAACAAUGCCAGUUACCUGAGACCUCAGGAGGUGCAGAUAAGGGAAUUUGAAGUCCUAAGGAAGUUAAACCACCAUAAUAUUGUCAAACUCUUUGCUGUGGAAGAAAUUGAAAGCAGCAAACAGAAAGUGCUAGUGAUGGAAUACUGCUCAGGUGGGAGCCUGCUGACCCUGUUAGAAGAACCAGAAAAUGCCUUUGGUUUGUCAGAAUCUGAGUUCCUCAUAGUGUUACGCUGUGUGGUGUCUGGCAUGAAUCAUCUUCGGGAGAAUGGGAUUGUCCACAGGGAUAUCAAACCAGGAAACAUCAUGCGUCUCAUUGGAGAAGACAGACAGAGUAUUUACAAGCUGACGGAUUUUGGAGCUGCCCGCGAACUGGAUGAUGAUGAAAAGUUUGUGUCAGUUUAUGGGACAGAAGAAUAUCUUCACCCUGAUAUAUAUAAGCGAGCAGUGCUGAAGAAGCCCCAGCAGAAGGCGUAUGGGGCGACUGUAGAUCUAUGGAGUAUCGGGGUAACCUUUUACCAUGCAGCCACAGGCAGCCUCCCAUUUAUCCCUUUUGGAGGACCUCGCAAGAACAAGGAAAUCAUGUACAAAAUAACAACAGAGAAACCUGCUGGAGCUAUUGCAGGCACCCAAUUGCAAGAGAAUGGGACCAUUGACUGGACCUAUGAGCUACCAGUCACAUGCCGACUUUCUUUUGGACUGAAAAGACUACUUGUCCCUAUCCUGGCAAACAUUUUGGAGGCUGAUCAAAAGCAGUGCUGGGGCUUCGACCAGUUUUUUGCGGAAACCAGUGACAUCCUGCACAGAACAAUAAUUCAUGUCUUCUCUUUGUCGCAAGCUAUUAUGCACUGGAUCUACAUCCACUCCUAUAACACAGCUACUGUAUUUCUAGAAGAGGUCUUCAGGCAAACGAAUAUAGCUGCUAACCACCAGGAAUACUUCUUUGAGGGUCAUUCGUAUGCAUUGAAGCCCAAUCUUCAGGCUCAUAAUUUCCCCAGGACCACAGAAAACUGCCCUCUGAUCAUGUUGAGCACAGAACUGGAAGAUCCAGUGGUGCUGAGGUACAGAGAUCACAUGGCCUGCAUUAUGGCCAGGGAAGUAUCAGCGACUUUGGAGUUUCCAAAGUUUCUCCCACAAGUUGAUGUCAUAGCAGACUGCAGUACAGCAAAGGAUGUUGUGAGUGCAACUUACUACACCUUGAGGGUAGCACGGUCACUUCUGCAGGGCCAGGAACUAGUUCUCAGAGGCUUGUAUUGGAUGAGUGAAUCCCUGAAGACAGAAUGCCUGCAGAUUCUGGAGAAGAGGCACGCCAUGGCAGCAAUACUAGCUUGCUCACAACAACAGGAGAUGAAGACCCUACUGCUGUAUGAAACGGUUGCUGGAGACUGUGAGGCUCCUGAAGUCAAAGAGUUGGCUGAAAUAAAAUCAAGACUUCAGUCUGUUGCUGAAGAUCUUUCCAGAUGUUCCCACAGCAUUUCUGAAUAUCAAGCAAUUGUACGGUGUGUUUUAUCUGAGGUAGAAAAGAGAAGGAGUCAAUUGAAAGAUGAUAAGAGCAUCCAGAAGAUGGAGGCAUGCCUUGACAAGAUGCAGCUCAUCUACAGCCAGUUCAAGAAAACCCGGAAGUGCCCGCGACUGUUGUACAAUGAGCAGCAGAUCCACAAGCUGGACAAGGUGAACCUGGGACAUUUAGCCAAAAAGGUUCUUUCUGUUUUUCAAGAUGACUGUUCACAGCAAUACCAGGCUGCUAUUUCGGCACACGGAACCAGAAUGAGGAAGAUGUUUGAGAUGAGGAAGCAUUUGAAGAAAAUAAACAGAUCUUUAACUACCUGGAGUGUGGAGAUGUCAGGAUGCCAGAAUUGCCUCUAUAAUGUACAGGUUUUGGAUAAGCUGCCACAGAGAGUCCUUCAGGACAAAAUAGCAAUCAGUCCUUCUUCACAAGGUUACUCAAAACAGAAACACCAGGCUAUGAUAUUUGGAAUGCAAGAGCUACAGGAACAGAUGAAAAUCGUAGCUCACAAUCUGCAGCUCAACAACAUCAUCAUCCAGCGGUUAAAUGGCUUUUCAUCCUCACCAGACCUGUAAGCAAGAAAGUAGUUCUCAGAUCCUGAGACAAUAUUGCAAUGUGGGCAAAUUGCAAUGAAUUUUCAUCCAUCACUUGAAAUCCUCACAAUUUUGUCGCAAAGAUACCAACAUAUUCUACCUCCUUACUCUAGCACUUUAGUGUGGUUUUGUCCCACUUGUCCAAUUGAUUGGUACGCUGUGGCUUUGAGAUCUGACAAAUUUGGAGCAUCCCAGCAAGUGCAUACUGGGAAAAGAUUAAUUUGCAGAUGUCUGGUUGUCCUGAAGCUCUAAAAAGCAUGGGAGCCGUGAAAGUUAGAGGAGGGGGCCUCAAAGGGUGAGCUGGAAGCUAUAAAAUCUAUAGCAAAAUAAUUAUAUGUAUUACAUGGCGAACACAAUAAGUUCGUUAAAAUAAAUAUAAAUACUACACAGGACCUGGAAUACAGGCUGCAUAUAAAAACAUCAGAAUAAACUGUUACAAAGAUCUCAAACAACGUUGAUGAUACACUCAUUAUAAACAACCAAUACAGGACUAUACACAUUGGCCUUUUAGCCUUUCCUGGUCAUAAAUACAAAACAUGAUUAUUAAAGGCACAUCCAGAAAUAUACUUUAUAAGGCAUUUUGAUCUGAAAAUAGAAAACCUUACCUCUUAUGUGGCCUGAUGUUAACUAUUAACACAAACCAUGGGUCUUGCAAUAUGGAAACUUGCUCACACUGGAAUAAAAUUGCCAGUGUUUCCAGAUGUUUGUAACAUCAGCCAGUGGAAUAAAUGUUAGUUUUUAGCCACUGGAUCUCUGUUUAAUGAAGGAAAAGUGCCUCUUAUACAUUCUAAUUUUUAAAUUUCUAACCAGAACAGUUUUCCUCUCUGAUUGUGACUCUUUGGGCUUAGGGUGACCAUAUUUAUGAAGUGGUGGAGGUGGUCAAGCACAGCUUGUCAAGGGCCACACUAGGCUAUUAAUGAAAUCCUUCUGUGAACAAUCCCCUGCCUUAUGGCCCUCUGGCUCAUAUUAGCAAUUUUACUGUUCCAGAUUAAUCUGAUCCAUCUGUAAAUAUUGGAUUAAACAUUUGAAAAAGCCUGGUAAAAAUGUUUGUAAUGCAAUCAAAUGACAAAAAAGACUAGUGCUUCACUGUACGACAAAGAAAUAAAUAUUCUGUUGAAUAA